AUGGAUGGUCUUGGAUGCUUCGUGUUAGCAAUCUUCAUUAAAUUCCUAGAAACUCCGAUAGUCAAAGCCAACAACAGGGACCUAUCCUAUAUCCUCCUCGUCUCUCUCUUCCUUUCCUUUAUGACCUCCUUCCUGUUCAUUGGCCAGCCAAGGAAAGUGACUUGUCUUCUCAGACAAACAGCCUUCAGCAUCAUCUUCUCAGUUGCGGUCUCUUCUGUGUUGGCAAAGACCAUCAAUGUGGUGCUGGCCUUCCUGGCUACAAAGCCAGGAAACAGGGUGAGGAGAUGGCUGGGGAAGAGUCUGACCAACUCCAUUGUCCUUUCCUGCUCCAGUGUCCAAGUUGUCAUCUGCACCAUCUGGCUGGGUGUCUCUCCUCCAUUCCCUGAAUCUGAUAUGCACUCCCAGCCUGGAGAGAUCAUCCUGCAAUGCAACGAAGGGUCUGUUGCCAUGUUUUAUGGUGCUCUUGGCUACAUGGGCUUCCUGGCUGCCAUCUCCUUCACGGUGGCUUUCCUUGCCAGGAAGCUUCCUGGGGCCUUCAAUGAAGCCAAGUUGAUC